CAAAAUAAAGAAGAAUGCUGCUUAUGAAGCACUUUUAAAAAAAUAUAAGGAGAUAGAUCCAAAAGCAAAUUUGGAAAGUUUAAAAUACAAAAUAAACUCACUUCGCGGAUGUUAUCGACGUGAAUUAAAAAAAAUUAAGCGAAGUGAGAAGUCUGGAGCAGGAAUUGAUGAAAUAUAUAUACCAUCUUUGUGGUACUUUCAUGACCUAGCAUUUUUGGAAGAGCAAGAAACACAGAUGACUGGCAUGUCAUCAAUAGAAAAUGAGGAAAAUGGGGACACGACUGUGGAAGACAUUGCACCUUGCGCCAAAAAAGACAAAGGAGAAUUUGGUAAAAAAGAAAAACAACAGUUGCUUAUUAAAGCAGUCAAAGCUUUAGAAGAUUCGACGCGACGCAAUGACGAUGCAAGUACCUUCAGUUCGACUUGGGAAGUCCUCUUCAGGAAACUUGACUUUAAUCAACAAUUAUUUGCCAAUAAAACCAUUGUGGAGGUGUUGUACCAAGGAGCUUUGGGUCGGUUGAACGAAAAUUCCCAUCAGAUGUUCAACGUACCUAACACAAGAUGCUCAUCAACACCUUUUUCUUAUAGUGACAACUCGUCAACAUGUUUUGAUUCAACAACAUUGCAAAGUCGUCCGCAAUACUUAAUUUCUCCCCCGCUUCUGAGUCCAUCGCAAAUUAUAUCUACUCCUCAACCGCAAGUUCAGCACAUCAGACUUCAUAGAACAGUUCAGCCACAGCAAUAUCAAAAAAUUUCCAGCAUCAACAUACAACCACAGGAAACCAUAAAUACUCAACAAUACGGAAAACAACACGGAAUAUCAGACAUUUACGGACUUGUUGAACGACUCUGACUAUUCAUAAGCAAACUUUUCUUUUUAUUUUUGUUAUUUUUAUUGAUUUAAAGAAAUAUUUCAUUUUUGUUUUGUUUAAUAUAUACAUAUGUAUACUUACUGAAAUAAAAUCUUUAAGAACUUUAAUCAACGCUUCACAUGUCUCAAUAAUUAUGUUGCUUAAACUUGCAGUUGAAAUAUACGACUGGAAUUUCAAACUUUCGUAGCUCUCUCCAGUUGCCAAAUACCUCAAUGUUACAGAGAGACGUUCAUCAGGCGAAAUUGCGUCUCGCAUAAUAGUAUUUUGUUUUUCUAUAUAAGGUGUUACUUUUUCCAAAAGUUCCCUAUAUACAGAAGGAUCCAUUCGGAGAAAAUUUGUGUAGUCCGCCGGGCUGGACUGUUCAAGUUCCUUUAACAAACUUAUAUGUGAAAAAACUGGUCUUCUUGAUCGCCAUUCC